AACUCCUCCCCUGAUUGCAACCGACUAUUGUAACCGAUCAGCAAAGUGACGCGUUUUUUAUGUGGAACGCGCCGUAAACGCGUUCGCAUUAACGGAUGUGCUUUCAACUCCUCCCCCGACUGCAACCGGCUCUGCUUGCCGUUUAUGUCGAUCACACCUCAACAGUUGGUUUCAGCCACAGAUUAAAUGGCCAACUUUCGGUUUGCUUGGAUAGUUUCCCCUUCACUCUAGGCGACUUUAAAAUGAAAUCUGGCACUCUGAAAAAGAGAUCUCUUACCUCUUACCUUGGCGAACUUUUUUUGAACUUCAACUUUUCUUGAGAUUGAACUUUGGAUGACAAAACAGUUUGAGAGAACCAGAGCGGACGAGAAGGACACAUUAUGGCAAUAUGUGGCAGAAGGAGUCGGCCCAAGUUCAUCCUCUACAUUCUCGGGGCUUUUGUGCUGGGAUAUUUAUUAUUUCACAGGAACACGAGGAGUGAUGUCGGACUGGCGAGUCGAAGAGAACUUCCAGUCGACCAGCACAAAAAUGUGGACGAGGAAUUUCUGAAGAAACCUGUUUACGAGAAGCCUCCUCUGGACGUACAUGCUCUGGGAGAGAUGGGGAGAGCUGUUAAACUGGACCUGACUGAAGAAGAGAAGCGAGAGGAGGAGGAGAGCAUAAAAAAACAUCAGAUAAACACUUAUGUGAGCGAUAGGAUAUCACUUCACCGCAGGCUUCCUGAAAGAUGGAACCCACUAUGUAGAAACCUGAAAUAUGACUACCUGAACCUGCCCACGACAUCAGUAGUGAUUGCCUUCUACAAUGAAGCCUGGUCCACACUACUGCGGACAGUGCACAGCGUCCUGGAGACCUCGCCGGACGUGCUACUGACUGAAGUCAUACUAGUGGAUGACUACAGUGACCGAGAUCAUUUAAAGGAGCCUCUAGAGAACUACAUCGCUGAUCUUAAAAAGGUGCGUCUCAUCCGUGCAAGGAAGAGAGAGGGUUUGGUGCGAGCACGACUCCUGGGAGCUUCCAUUGCCACAGGAGAAGUGCUGACCUACCUUGAUUGCCACUGUGAGUGCCAUGAAGGCUGGUUGGAGCCUUUACUCCAGAGAAUAAAGGAUGAGCCUUCGGCUGUGGUGUGUCCGGUGAUAGAUGUUAUUGACUGGAACACCUUCCAGUACCUCGGCAACCCUGGAGAACCUCAGAUCGGAGGAUUUGAUUGGCGAUUGGUGUUCACGUGGCACACUGUCCCAGAGCAUGAACAGAAACGCAGAAGUUCUGCCACUGAUGUCAUCAGGUCUCCUACAAUGGCUGGGGGCUUGUUUGCAGUCAAUAAGAAGUACUUCCAUUACCUGGGCACAUAUGACACAGGAAUGGAGGUGUGGGGUGGAGAGAACCUAGAGUUCUCAUUCAGAAUCUGGCAGUGUGGAGGGAGUCUGGAAAUCCAUCCUUGCUCUCACGUGGGUCACAUCUUUCCGAAGAAAGCACCAUACUCGAGAAACAAGGCAUUGGCCAACAGCGUGCGGGCGGCAGAAGUCUGGAUGGACGAAUACAAAGAAGUGUAUUACCAUCGCAGCCCUCAUGCUCGUCUGGAGGCAUAUGGUGAUGUGACAGAUAGACGGAAACUCCGAAUGCGUCUUGACUGUAAAGAUUUUAAAUGGUUUUUGGAGAACAUCUACCCUGACAUUCAAGUCCCAGAGGACAGGCCUGGAAUGUUUGGCAUGCUGAAGAGUAAAGGAAUGGCCAACUACUGCUUCGACUACAACCCACCUGAUGAUCAUAAUCUGGUUGGUCACCGGGUCAUUCUUUACCCUUGUCAUGGCAUGGGACAAAACCAGUUUUUUGAGUACUCUACACUCCAAGAGAUACGUUACAACACCAGGGAGCCUGCAGGCUGCAUUGUGGCUGAUCCUGUCUCCACAUUCCUUACCAUGCAACACUGCAGUAAACCCAGGCAACCUGUGCCUGACGAACAGAAGUUUCUACUCAGAGAGGACGGCUCGCUUUACCAUGUUCAGACACAGAAGUGUGUUGAGGCAAUAGCCCGGACCGACACUGGGAACCCUGGCCCCGCUCUCCGGCCCUGCUCCGACUCAGCCUCCCAGAAGUGGUUCUUUGAAGAGAGAACAUAGCAAAGGUUCUCUCUACACUCCUCACCUGCACUACAGUUCAAAGGGCAUUUCAUAUCAGCUGCUCUGACUUGACACCAGCUUAUUGCGCAUUCCAGAUCCUCCGCUUAGGAUUGAUAGUGCCUUCCUGUUACACGACGUGCACAGUACAGACUCUGUCUGUUUAAUGACUUAACAUGGUAGAUUUGAACAUUUUUGGAUAGUGUAUUAAAAUUCAUCACUCGUAAUAGAGUUGUUCAGUUUGUAAUCCUAAAACCCUAAAAAAAUUGCCAUUUUUGUGCCAUUAGUGUUCUCUACGAUUUUGAACGAGUUUUGGAUUUUUGAGUAAAAAAAGCUAUGUGUGCUACAACAUACACUACUGUUAAAGAAAUUAUUAGUUUGAUAUAGCAAGGAUGCUUUAAAUUGUCCUUUAGUGAUGGUUAAGAUAUUUAUGAUGUUUUAAAAAAAUCUUGAAGAAAAUGUUUCAAACAUGUUUAGAAUAUUAGAAUGAUUUCUGAAGCAUCAUGUGACUGGAGUAAUGAUGCUGAAAAUUCAUCUUUGCUUCACAAGAAUAAAUUACAUUUUAAAAUAUAUUCAAAUAGAAAACAGUUAUUUUAAAUUGUAGUAUUAUUUCACAAUUUUACUGUUUUUAUGCUGCGCAUAAGUUCUUACUAGGUACAGAUGUUUUAACAGUAGUGUAUGUUGUAUAAUAAAAAUGUGAACGUCUUGAAAAUCAUAAAUCCAAAACUGCCAUUCCAAAAGCCCGCAGGAAGUGGACCAGUGGUGAAUUAGUCUUCCAGUAAGACGUCUUUACUAAACACCUCCAUUCCUCUGCAAGAUAUAAACACUGUAUUUAAGCGCUCAUCAUAACCUCUGGGUCUCUCUGUGGCAAUUGACAAUCAUUACCAUUUCACAAGAUGGUAAUUUGAGUUAUUUUAAUCAGUCAGUGCUACCAGCUCCAUCUGCUGGUGUCUCAUCCGCCCCUGCUAUUCUACAAAGUACCUUCUAUUUAUUCAAAUUCUUGAUAUAUUUAACAAUUUUUUUUUUCUAGUGACUAGCAAUUCCUCCUCUGUAUUCUGGUACCUGAUGUAAGUCAGGUCUCGCUUGCACUUGGAGCCUCUUGGCAGUCUGGUUGUGUGUGUAUUUUUGGCUGAGUAUUGAGGUUAGGCUCAGAUAAGCAGCAGUGCUGGCAAUGGCGCUGCUGCCCUUCUUUUUCCAACCACUAGAUGGUGCCAAAUUCUCCGUUUUACUCCAUGUCAUACUGUAUCCUCCAUGUUGUAACAUCAGCUCGUAUUCACAUGUGUGUAAUUUCAGUAGCCCACGAUGCAGUGAUUGAGAUGAAGGGUUACACUUUUAAUACACAAUUACAGUUAUAAAUGUACAGUGAUUAUUACUUGUGUCUGAAAGGGUAUGGCAGCCUACCUCUAGUCAUUUACCUGCUGUAGAGAACAGAUGUCGGUCAUUUGAAGGGGAUGAAAUGGAGAUUGAUGUCACAGCAAGUACUAGAUUGUAGUGGCCAAAUUGCUGUGAUUUUUGCUUCAAAGUUGAAGAGAAACAGUGCUGGUUAGUUACUUUAGAGUAUGUGGAUAAAACCUUGUUGAAUUCUGACCAACUGUGGGUCCGUUUUCUAUGCUGAAUGAUGAAUUUAUUUGAUUAACCUAGCUUUCUCGGUUAUUUAUUACUUCAGUAAUGGCUGGUGUCCUUAAAAAUGCUGGAAUGUCGAAAAUAGGAAGUCGAUUUUUAGUCAUAAAUGAACUUUCUGACAACAUUUACUCACUCUCAUGUUGUUUCAAAACUGUAUGAUUUUUUCAGUGAAACACAAAAGAUAUUUGAAGAAUGUUUAUGCUGCUAUUUUCCAAAAAGACACAUUCAAAAUAUAAAGGUAGUCCAUAAAAGUCAUGAGCUAUAUUCUAUAUGGGCCAUUCUACAUAAUUAGUGCAAACUGCUGUCCCACAGCCAACAAUAAAACAAUUAAAAAGCAUUUAAAUAUUCAAAUCUUAAAUGUUUACUAAGAUCCUUCUAUUAUCUAUUGAAACCCACAAUAAUAUUUAAAUUAUUAGUAAGCUUAAUAUAUAUAAAAUCAUCAUUUGUAGGGUACUUUCAAUUGGGAGGUGGCUGUCCCGAACCCUAACCCCUGCCAUUCAACUUAUGAAAAUAUUGAAAUAAAUCCAAAAAUGUAUGAUCAGGAAAUAUUCCUGUGUUCCCAUCUCUCAUAGCUACAAGGUGUGACUAGAUCCCAUCAUUUUGAGGUAAAUGUGUUCAAAAGUCUGAAAAAUCUGUGAUUAAAUUUAAGGAACGUCACUACCGAACACCUUUUUUGGGAGUUAUUCCAUAACAUUUAGUUUUUAUAUGUGUACCACAGUUCAGAACUGUGCUAGUUAACCAUGUGCUGAUUAGCAUCUUUGAGCUAGAAGCAAAAUUAUCUAAGAUUGUCACAACCGAAACAUUUGGUGGAGUUUCAGUAUUGACAUCUUUGCUUUUAUGUGGUGUUAUUCCAUAAAAUUGUCACUACCGAAACAGUCACAAGCGAAACUAUGUCAUAAUUGUUUCGGUAGUCACAAAAGGGAACACAUAAUCCUCAUAUUUAGGGGAAAAAAUUCAAUUGUUGUACAGUUAUGCUAAUUUUUUUUUUCUUUUUUGUAUUUUAGUAUGUUUUAGUAUGAGAAUUUAUUUGAUAUGGUCGCUACUAAAGCAUUACUGUCACUAUCAAAAACGUGCAGUCACUAUUGAAACAUGGGAUGUUUUGUCAAAAAUAAAGUAUACUGAAUUAUCAACUAAGAUGUUAUGAUAGUUUAUGGUUCAAUGUAUAUCCAAAGUAAUAAAUCCUUAACUUUGAAAUCCAUAUGAUCAACUUUUUGCCUUUUACAAAAGAAAAUUGAAUUCAAAAUACAACAAAUCUCUUAAAUUACACUUGAAAUAUUAUUAAAAAUGUAGUUGUUAUUGAUUUACCUCUGGGCAAUAAAACCCUUCUAAUUAAAUUCAUAUAUUACUAUGUUUCAGUACUGACAAAUCUAGGAAGAGGGCAAAUAUUCCAAAACGUUCUGAAAAUACAAUAUGAGAAUUAACUGCACAAUUACUAGAAAUGUGUACCUUGGAAAUUAUACAGUAUUAUACGUUUCCAACUCUGACUUUGGACCAGUUCUGUCGAAUGACUCAUAUAGCCAUAUAGAAAUAUAGUUCUAAAACUGUCUUUUACUUUCAAUCUAUAAAAAAAGCAGCUAUGACAUACUUCUGUAAAUAUCUCUUAAUGUUAAAUAUCUCUAAAAAUGUUUUUGAAAGACUUUAAGGUGAGUAAAUAAAGACAUUUUUUAUUUUAAGACAUUUAAAAUGUUUUAAGUGCCUUACACAGUGUUCAUAGGACAUUUUUUUCCUAAAACAUAGGUGAGAGGGAAAUUUAAUAAACAUAUGUAUAUUUUUUUGUAUUAAUCUAUAAGGUGGCGGGCCAGCUAAACAUUGUCAUGGGGAGAAUUGGUUUACUGAUGUGAUUCUCUGAGAGCAUGUGACGUGAGCUCAAUACUGGACAGAUGUUUUCAGGGCCUCCAUAGAUAAGAAAGUGAUUGAAAUAUUGAUAAUAUUAUGAGAACCCAUUAUGUUUGCACCGGUAGGGCUUUUCCUGUCUGUCAAAGCCACAGAAAUGACAAUGGGUUUCUUGAAGAAGUCAAAAAAAGGAUAUUUUGUAUGGAUGGCCUUAAGUCCUAUUUAGACCACUAUGUCUAUAUGAUAAUUUUAUCCUAAGGACGAUAGAAGCAUAAAACACAAAGACCAAUAAAUGCGGUUUAAACAUGCCCAGUACUGAUGCGUAAGACCAACCUAGAAAAAAAUGAAUGGCCAAACGAGUUGUGUGGUUGGUUACAGCAGCAGCGAGUAUGCACUUUUCUUGGAAUAAUGAAUGAUUUUUAAUUUAAUUUUAUUUUGUGUUUAAUUUUGCUAAUGGUAGAAUGUUGAAAACAUGCAUGUUUUGAAACGGUGUCAAUGCUGGAAGAAAAUUCAGGUAACUUAAUAUUAUGUAAGUGACCUUAACAUCAGAAAUGAAGUUUUUUUUUUUUGAAUAAUAAUGUCUUUUUAUCUAACUUAAAGGUGCACUUAGUAUUUUUAUUCUUUGUUAUGCUAUAUCAUAUGUUAUUUGCAAUCAUCAGCUAUUAAUUUAUUAAAACGCAAGGUUUUGAAAGAAGGUUAGUGGUAUUUAACAUGAGCCAACCCACUCCAUGUAAAAUAAAACUGCUUUUAUUAUUAUUCUCUUUAACUUCUGUGCGAAACUUUUUAAUUGGGAGAAAAUGUAUUGAGUGCACCUUUUAAUUGUGAUUCUACAUCUAAAGAAUGGAAGUUGCUUUAACUUAAUUGAUUUUAUGUUUGACUUUUUACACAUUAAAGCCAUUGAAUAACA